AUGGACUACCGUGGUCAAGGUCAACGCCCUCCACGAUCCUCACGACCUCCCCCGGCUCCUCCAUCAUACCCUAACAGCCCCGAGCCACCAUCAGAACUCCCCGAAGUUCCUUUUCCCUCCGCAAGACCACCGAUACACCCAAGUCAGGCCAGCACGUUCAGCAAUCAGACGAAGGGCACCGUCUCGUUCCAGGAGCAGGAGCGUGGAGAGCGCCACGAGCAUGUGGGGCAGCGGAUGCAGCCAGUCUCCGCCUGGGGUGGGGAUCCCGAGGCUGGAGAAGAGCGAGUUGGCAGAAAGAAGAGCUUGGUCAGACCAGACAGAGAGAAGCUAGAGCCCGGUCACCGAUUGUGGCAUUAUCGUGCCCACGCCGCCCAGCUGGAGCAGGAACACGGCGGUAGAGUAGGCGUUUUGCCAUCCAGCACUGGCAAUGCGCCGCAAGCCGGGCGGCCUGGUGUUCGGCGUGGAAAGUCGAUUCUCGGUCGAGAGGAAGACGUUCACGAAUCCGGGCUUGCUCUGUUUAAGCGAGGCACUAAUCGCCGCCUCAAGCGGCAGGCGUCUACUCCUGCUGAUGUUCCGCAUCCUCAACCCCAAGCAAAGGGUGGCUUCCUCUUCCGAGACGUACCCGGACCUCAUGACUGGUGGAUGCUGUACUGCCUUAUUCUCACCAUCUGUAUACCGAACUUUCUCCUCGCUGCAUGCGGCAUCAAAACGCCUGAGCAGCAGCGCGCAUGGCGAGAAAAGAUGGGACUCCUCAGUGUCGUAGCUGUGCUCAUGACGGCCGUCGGAUACCUCACUUUCGGCUUCACGGAAACCGUCUGCGGGCGUCCACCCACGCGUUUUCAUUCUGGUACCAUCGGCACCGGCUCCGUCAUCAUCCAUGGCUACGACUACGAUCUCUCCAAGUUCAAUCAUCCCAAGACUGCCACUGUCUUCCCAAAUGGCAGCACAAACCCUCUUUUCGAAGGUGGUUGGAACGUCGCGGGCAACGAUAUAUCCUUCAUGUUCCAGAAGGUGAACCAGCAUUGCUUAGGGAUCAUCACCAAAGCGAGCAACUCAUCGAUCAGCGGUUCAAACGGCAAUGUGGACUGGUACUUCCCCUGUAAUGUCUACAGCCAACAUGGGAACUCUGGCGUCAACCUUACUGGCUACGACUCGUCGGAAAAUUGCCACAUUACGUCCACGGCGAGGAAUGAUCUUGCCUCGCUUCAUCCACAGGGCCAGGUGUAUUACACAUGGGAUGAUGUCAAGAACCCCAGUCGUAACCUUGCCGUCUUUGAGUCCACCGUUCUUGACCUCAAUCUGCUCACCUGGCUGAGCCGCUCGGAAGUCAAUUAUCCUAAAUUCUUCGACGAACUCGCCAAGCCGAACGGGACGUAUAAUGGGAAGGAUCUCACCAUGCAACUGCUCCGAACGAACCAGCGGACCAUGGGACAUUGCUUGGAGGACCUUGUUACCGUCGGUUUCAUCGAUACCAACACGAUCGGUUGUGUUGCCUCCGAAGUUGUCCUCUACGUUUCACUCGUUUUUAUCAUCGGCGUUGUCGGGAUCCGGUUUGGCAUGGCCGUUAUCUUUACCUGGUUCUUCUCCUGGAAGCUCGGCGACUUCAAACGGGAGACGUACGAACAGCGCAUGCAACGUAGCGCCGAGAUUGAGAACUGGACGAACGACAUCUACCGCCCUGCUCCCAGCCAGUACCGGCCAAACGUGAACAAUCAGGGAUUGACAAAGAAGAAUGGCAAGCGCGGCUUCUUGCCUAGCACCUCUCGCUUUACGCCACAGGAUAGCAAUGUUUUGAAAGGUGGACGACCCGCCACUGCGUACGGCAUGAUCGACAACAGCCCCUACAAACGGAGUACAUUGUAUGCUGCUUCCGCCCGAGGCACCAAACUAACGCCUCCGGAAACGAUGAGGGAGUCGAGGAGCAGUACCUCCCUCAACGAUUCCGCGGUGGUUGCGCGUGGUUUCAACGAGAACCCGUGCCCAUUCCCUCUUUAUAACAUUGUCCCUCAACCGCCUCCUGACUAUGAACCUUUCGGCUACCCUCUUAUUCACACCAUCUGUCUCGUCACUGCCUACUCCGAAUCCGUUGAGGGCUUGAGGACCACCCUGGACUCUCUCGCAACUACCGACUAUCCGAAUAGCCACAAAGUCAUAUUGGUCAUCGCCGACGGCUUGGCCAAGGGUGCUGGGAAUGACAUGACGACCCCAGAUAUUUGUUUGACCAUGAUGAAGGACUUCUUGAUCCCGCCCGAGGAGGUUGAACCGCAUUCCUACGUCGCCAUAGCUGAUGGGCACAAGCGUCACAACAUGGCUCAAGUAUAUGCUGGUUUCUAUGCUUACGACGACGCGACUGUGGAGAUGUCGAAGCAGCAGCGGGUUCCCAUGGUCCUCGUAGCGAAGUGCGGUAAUCCCCUGGAAGCGAACGACCCCAAGCCCGGCAAUCGCGGCAAGCGCGACAGCCAAAUCAUGCUGAUGUCGUUCAUGCAGAAGGUCAUGUUCGACGAGCGCAUGACGACCUUCGAAUACGAGUUCUUCAAUUCGAUGUGGCGGGUGACGGGCAUCAGCCCGGACCGAUAUGAAACAGUGCUCUGUGUCGACGCUGACACGAAGGUCUUCCCGGACUCGCUGAGUCGGAUGGUUGCGUGCAUGGUGCAGGAUGUGGAGAUCAUGGGUCUUUGCGGCGAAACCAAGAUUGCUAACAAGGCUGAAACCUGGGUUACGAUGAUACAAGUCUUCGAAUAUUACAACUCGCAUCAUAACGUCAAAGCCUUCGAAUCGAUGUUCGGCGGCGUGACGUGCUUGCCAGGAUGUUUCAGCAUGUACCGCAUCAAGGCCCCGAAAGGUGACUCCGGCUACUGGGUCCCCAUCCUUGCAAACCCCGAUAUCGUGGAACACUACUCCGAGAAUGUUGUUGAUUCGCUGCACAAGAAGAACUUGUUGCUUCUUGGUGAAGAUCGUUACCUCACGACGUUACUGCUGAAAACCUUCCCGCGGCGCAAGAACGUUUUCUGUCCCCAGGCGGUGUGCAAGACGAUCGUGCCUGAUACGUUCCGUGUGCUCCUAUCCCAGCGACGUCGAUGGAUCAACUCAACAGUCCACAAUCUCUUCGAGCUUAUCCUCGUUCGUGACCUCUGUGGUACAUUCUGCUUCUCCAUGCAGUUUGUCACUGGCAUGGAAUUGGCCGGCAUGCUCGUCCUUCCCGCUGCCAUCUCGUUCACGCUGUACCUCAUCAUCGUUUCCAUCAUACCCGGCGGCACCAACACAACGAUACCUCUCGUUCUCCUUGCCAUUGUCCUUGGUUUGCCCGGCGUCCUCAUUGUCAUCACUAGCAGGAAACUGGCAUAUGUUGGAUGGAUGAUCAUAUAUCUGUUCUCCCUCCCCGUGUGGAACGGCAUACUGCCGAUGUAUGCAUUCUGGCACUUCGACGACUUCUCCUGGGGUCAAACUCGCCAGGUUGCCGGUGACAAGAAGGGCGCUGAUCACGGGGACAAGGAGGGGGAAUUCGAUUCGUCACAUAUCGUGAUGAAGCGAUGGGCUGAGUUCGAGCGCGAGAGGCGAUGGAAGACUGGUACCACGUCCAGAGAUUCAACCUUCUGGGACGUCCAUUCUGGGCCUGACUCGAACAGGUACUCGAUGGUCUCUUCCACGGAGACUUACCAACCUUCGCCGCCGACUGAAACGAGUACUACUGAAUCUGGUGCCCCCAUCACUUCACGGGGCAGGUACGAGAAAGACCAGCUGCUCAUGCUCCCAGCGCCGCUGUCGGUUGCUCGGCCUGUUGCAUCCUCAACCGUAUCUGGGUCCUCCUCGGCCGGUCGCACUAGCGAAGAAGGUUGGCCGAUACAUCCAGCAUCGUCCUCGAACCAACGACUGGUGCCGAGCCCCGAUAACCGAGAUCCUUAUGACGACCUGGACUCGGUACCUCCUGCUCCAGUCCCUCGUCACGCUCCCGCCAGCAAUCCGUUCGAGCACUUCUCUCGUACGACCGGUGGAAGCAACCCACCGCAUCGUAGCAUGACUUCGCCAAUCAGUCAUUCAGCGGAGAUCCAGAACUCAUAUCGGGACGCUCGUGGGCAGGCUGCUGCCUAUAAUGAUUCAUAUACAACGGAACCGGACAUGUAUGUUUCACAAGCUCCAGCUGCGAGUCCUUCAUCCCGGAACCGGACGAGCAGUCAGGAUCGCACACGUCCGCAGCGAGGCGUGAGCCUGGCUGACAAUGGGCCCGUACCCACGACUAACGAAGGCGUUCGACGCGUCGCACGACAAUCACGACGGCCGUCAUCCCAGACGGCGCAGAAUCGGUAUUCUCGAUCAUCACCGGCUCCGGCUCAGUCGCCCCCUCCAGGCGGAUAUUCAUCGCAGCCGAAUUAUCAGCUUCCUCCUGGCGCAGCACCUCCAAGAGAGUUCAACGGUCAGGGUUACGUUGGUUACAAGGGCAGCGGAGGCUACAUUGACAAUUGA